AUGCUGAUUUCAAUCAGAAAUGUGUUUAAAUACUUUUUUUCACAUUGUCAGAGUUUAUUUAAUGAUGCAAAAUUGGUCGAGUUCCUAAGAGGCAGUUCUUUUGAUGCGGUGUUUACAGAUCCUUUUGAUCUGUGUGGCUUAAUUGUGGCCAAGUACUUAUCACUCCCAUCUGUAGUCUUUACUAGGGGAGUAUUUCGUCACUUUCUUGAAGAAGGCACGCAGGCCCCCAGUCCUGUUUCUUAUGUUCCCAGAAGUCUCCUAGGGUCCUCAGACACCAUGACUUUCAAGGAGAGAGUAUGGAACCAUAUCUUCCAUUUAGGGGAAUGUUUAUUUCAUGCUUCUUUUUUCAAAAGUGGUUUAGAAAUUGCCUCUGAGAUUUUGCAACAGCCGGUCACAGCUUACGACCUCCACAGCCACACGUCCAUUUGGUUGAUACGAACUGACUUUGUUUUUGACUAUCCCAAGCCUGUGAUGCCCAACAUGGUCUUCGUAGGAGGCAUCAACUGUGAGCAGAGAAAGCCUCUGAGCCAGGUGAGUCACCUCCCCUUAGGUCCUGUAGGGAUGCCCUUCUAUGGGUAG